AUGGAUAAGAUGGAUCUACAAAGAGAGUUUCACAUGACUGGAGGAGUUGGGAAAACUAGUUAUGCAAGAAACUCUUCCUUCCAGAAGAAAGCUUCUGAUCAGGCAAGAGACAUAACACUAGAGACACUCCAACAACUCUACAAAGAGACAAGACCCAAAGGUGUAGGAAUAGCCGAUCUGGGAUGUUCUUCAGGACCAAACACUCUUUCCACCACUAGAGACAUCAUCAAAGCCGUCAUACUUGCUCACCACCGUGAGAUACCAAACGAGCCCUUGCCGGAAAUCAGAGUCUUCCUUAACGAUCUCCCCCGAAAUGACUUCAACUCUAUAUUCAAGUCCUUGCCUGACUUCCAUAUAGAACUCAAGAGAGAUACCAAGAAUGAUGAUUCCCCUUCAGUUUUCAUUGCAGCCUUCCCUGGAUCAUUUUAUGGGAGGCUCUUCCCUGAAAACACCAUCCACUUUAUCUAUGCCUCUUUCAGCUUACACUGGCUUUCAAAGAUUCCUCCAGCUUUGUAUGACGAUCAAGGCAAGUCCAUAAACAAAGGGUGUAUUAACAUCUGCUCCUCAAGCCCUGAAGCUGUUUCCAAAGCUUACUACAGCCAAUUCAAGGAAGAUUUCUCUAUGUUCCUCCGGUCUCGAUCAAAAGAGGUGGUUGCAUCUGGCAGAAUGGUCCUCAUAAUACUCGGAAGAGAAGGUCCUGAUCAUGUUGGUAGAGGAAACUCUUUCUUCUGGGAACUUCUCGCAAGAUCCAUAGCAGAUCUUGUCUCACAAGGAGAAAUUGAGGAAGAGAAGCUCGAUUCUUACGACCUGCACUUCUACGCCCCAAAUGCUGCUGAGAUAGAAAGUGAAGUGAACAAAGAAGGGUCUUUUGAAUUAGAGAAGUUAGAGAUUUUGGAAGUAGACAAGGAUUGGGGCAACGAAUAUGGUUUCAGUUACGGUAAGGCGGUUGCAAAGAUGAUAAGAGCUGUUCAAGAGUCAAUGCUUGCUUCACACUUCGGAGAUGAGGUUUUGGACAAGAUGUUUGAUACAUAUGGUAGAAUAGUUGACGAGGAGUUGGCUAAGGAAGACAUAAAACACAUCACAUUUGUUGUUGUCCUGAGAAGGAAGUACCUUUUUUUUUUUUUUUGUCACUGAAUAAUGCAUUAAUAGAAAAAGAGAAGAAGAGGCCCAAAGAUGGCCCAAUCUUAAGGUUUAGUACAAUGAUAGAAGAAAAGCUUGCAAAGCCCGUUUAGCUAAAGAGUCCGCAGAAGUGUUUUUUGAUCUCGGAAGAUGAGAGAUAGAGAAAGUUGCGAGGUCAGAGGAGAUCAGUCGGAUAUCAGAAGUGAUUCCGAUGAUUUCUUUGUACUGUCCGUCGCCGUUGAUUGCUCUGACGAGCGUUGUGUUGUCGGAGAAGGCCCUGAGUUUCUUGUACCCGAGGGAGAUCGCCUGGAUGAGGGCUUCACGCAUCGCGAGAGCUUCUGCGAUUAGAGGGGUUCCAACCGAGCUGUGACCCAUCGAUCAGUGGAUUGGUGAUGUUAUCGGUCCUCCUGAGAAGACCCAUCCAAAGCCGGCUGUCUUCGAGGUCUUGUCCCACGAAGCGUCGGUCGUGCAUGUAACAGUGUCGGCUUCCGGGGAGCUGAUCUCCACUGGUUUCGGUCGCGUCUGAGCUUGAGCUUUUUCUUCCGCUAGAAUUGCUCUGUUUUCGAAGAUCAGAGUGUUCCGUGAGAUCCAGAUUGCCCAAAGGACCCAUGGCAAGAUAUUAAAGACGAUUCCAGAAGGAGGGAGACAGGCCACUGAUCUGAAUUUCCUGACAGUACUUUGGAGCGAGUCUUCAUCUGAUAUUGCCACAGCUCUUUGCAGAGGUAUCAUCUCCCACACUCUUUUUGCAAAAGGGCAGAUUAGCGCCUAAAGGGAGGGAGUUCUGAAGCAUUGCCCACAAGAACGUUCUUAUCUUUGGUUCCUGGUUUGAUGCCACAAAGUAUCCUGAUCGUGUUGUGUAUACGCCUGAUUUAGUUUUGUGCCAGAUCACAGUGUCUUCGGUACCUUUACGACUCGGUUGGAUGCACUGAAUUUGUGCCGCAUAGAUAGGCGCAUUAGAUCUCGCAUCCCACAUACCACCUUCUUUCAAAUACUCAAGAUACCUAGAGAACUCAGGCUUUGUCGUCGUUGACUUCUUCUUCUUUCCGUACAAAAAGCUAAAGAUAGGGUGGCUAAAUUUGCUUGUUGGUUUGACUUUCUUGGAUUUUUGACGAGGAAGCUCCUCGAGAAUGGUUGGAACACCACCAGCACCGAGCUUUAUAGAUGGAGCGUAGUAAGGAACACUCGUUGAUCUUCUUAGCUUGGCUCCGAGUAAGCUGAAAGUUGAAUCAUCACUUACUCGCUCGUAGCCUCCACGACGGCUUCUUGUCCUAGUGCUAAAGCUUCUUAGCAUUUGCAUCUUUUAAUUGUCUUGCUUAAUUAACUGUAAAAUAUAGAGAGGUUAUAAGAUGAUGUAAAGAGAGGAAGUGAAGAGAAGGUUUUGUUGUUGCUUUUUUUUGUUGUUGUUGUAAUGAGCAAGAGGUUCAUCUGUGUUGUUAUAUACGGAGAUGUGAUGAGAUCUUAUGGUUGUAUCUUCUUUAAUUUGAAAGUAGAAAUGGUCAGAGUUUGGCUGCCAGUUCAAAAAGUAAAAAAAAAUAUGUUUAGUUAUAUAAAAUAACAGAAAUUACA